AUAAAAACCUGUUCUCAGAUGGUGAGAGCUCAGAUCUGAUCAGCAUGUCUUUCACCGCUCUGCUCUUGAUCGAGCUUCUGCUGGUCACCAUAGUAACAGCCUCACACUUCUAUGGGGGCUCAAUGACUUUCAACUCAAGAAGGAACUCUGAUGGAUCGUACAAGGUGGAACUUCGCUCAAGACGACCUACCAUUCAUGUAGCGCAUAUGAUUACUGGCCAUGCAAUUCUGGAGAUUGUGGAAAUGAUGUGAGUACUGUGAUUGGUCAAGUAGAUUCAAGUCCUAAUGGCAAUAACUGGUGUCAGUCUGAAGGUGUCAUAACAAAGAUGGUUUCCACAAACAGCCCUUUCGAGCUUCUCAAAAGUAGUUGCUGCUGGAUCUACAACACAGUCACAAAUUCUGGAAACUGGAAUCUUCUCACUUACAUUGACCUCGGAGUGAGAUCGGACACCUCAGAGCCCAACAGAUCUCCAAUCACCACCACACUACCCUUUGUUAGAGUUCCUCAGAACUGUCCCAGGAGGUACAAUCUCUUAGCAUUUGAUCCUGAUGGUGACCAGGUCAGAUGCAGAUUUGGACUUGGACAAAACAAUGAGUGUGGAAUCUGCAACCAACCUGAUGGUUUUACAUUGGAUCAGCAUAACUGCUCUCUGUCAUAUAUGCACACAUCAAUCCUUGGGGUUUAUUCAUUUGAGCUGGUGCUGGAGGAUUUCCCUAUUCACAAGAUUACUCUGUCCUACACCAACCAGCCUUCAGAGGAAAGAUCUCCAAUCAGAUUAAUCAGAAACCGACGUGCUGGUAAGGGUCAAGGAACUGGAGCUUUUCCACCAGGUUUACUUACAACAAAAACAACACCUAGUACAACCAUAACAACUACAACUACUACAACAACACGUAUGACAACCACGACAACACCGACAACUACCACGAUGACACCGACAACAACCACGACGACACCGACAACAACCACGACAACUACCACGACGACACCGACAACUACCACAACAACACCGACAACUACCACAACAACACCGACAACUACCACAACAACACCGACAACUACCACGACGACACCGACAACUACCACAACAACACCGACAACUACCACAACAACACCGACAACUACCACGACGACACCGACAACAACCACGACGACACCGACAACAACCACGACAACUACCACGACAACACCGACAACAACCACGACAACACCGACAACAACCACGACAACUACCACGACGACACCGACAACUACCACAACAACACCGACAACUACCACAACAACACCGACAACUACCACAACAACACCGACAACUACCACGACGACACCGACAACAACCACGACGACACCGACAACAACCACGACAACUACCACGACAACACCGACAACAACCACGACAACACCGACAACAACCACGACAACUACCACGACGACACCGACAACUACCACAACAACACCGACAACUACCACAACAACACCGACAACUACCACAACAACUACCACCACAUCACCUACAACGGCACCAACAACCACAAUGACAUCCCCAACAACCACUAUUUCACCAACAACAACGACAACACCAGAAACAACCACAAUGACAAUGGAAACAACCACAACAACACUGGAAACAUCCACAAUGACACCAAAAACAACAACAACGACACCGGAAACAACCACAACAACACUGGAAACAACCACAAUGACACCAACAACAACCACAACGACACCGGAAACAACCACAACAACACUGGAAACAACCACAAUAACACCAACAACAACACCAGAAACAAUCACAACGACACUGGAAACAACCACAAUGACACCACCAACAACACCAGAAACAACCACAAUGACACUGGAAACAACCACAACAACACUGGAAACAACCACAAUGACACCAACACCACCAGAAACAACCACAACAACACCAGAAACAACCACAACGACACUGGAAACAACCACAAUGACACCACCAACAACACCAGAAACAACCACAACGACACUGGAAACAACCACAACAACACCAGAAACAACCACAACAACACUGGAAACAACCACAAUGACACCACCAACAACACUGGAAACAACCACAAUGACACCACCAACAACACCAGAAACAACCACAACGACACUGGAAACAACCACAACACCAGAAACAACCACAACGACACUGGAAACAACCACAAUGACACCACCAACAACCAUAACAACACCAGAAACAACCACAACAACACCAGAAACAACCACAACGACACUGGAAACAACCACAAUGACACCACCAACAACCACAACAACACCAGAAAAACAACCACAACAACACCAGAAACAACCACAACAACACUGGAAACAACCACAAUGA